UACCGGAAGAGAACCUGCUUCUGUUUACAUACACUUGUAAUUCCAUAUUCGACGUAUUAAGCGUCGUAGUGUAGCGAUGGGAGGCUACGGCGUAAUGGCUGACGACGAAACGAUCGAUUAUUCGGUACACGAAGCCUGGAACGAAGCAACUAAUGUGUAUCUCCUAGUGAUCUUGGUUAGCAUUGGUUUGCUGAUGUACGCCAGAAAAAACAAGAGGAAGAUCAUGCGGAUUUUCACUUUGCCCCCAACCGUGGGCUCCACAGCGGAGCCCAACUUCUACGACAGCCUGCAGAAAGUGCGCUUACGCCAGCAGUUAGAAAUGUACUCCAUUGCAAGAAAGUACGACCAACAGCAGCAAAGUAAACCAGACAAUGUUCUGGUGUCCAUGGAGUGAAGACCUAACUUCUCAGGGUCUUCAGGGGCCAUUUCUUUAUGAGGCAUUAUUUCAUCUGAAGGCCGGUGGCACUAGAAGUGCUCUGUCAUUGUUUUUAUUAGUCAGAUUGACUGGUGAUGGAGACGUUUCAUUGCCAAGUGUACAUACACAGUACAAACAAAAAUCAGGAAAUUGUAUUGAGUCUGGAACUGGACAGAAAGGAGUGAAAAAUAAUUUGCACACUGGUGAUUUUAACAAUGUUACUCAGCCAAGCACUGAGUGGAUUUUUUUUUUUUAUUACAAAUAUUAUAGUAAAAAAUAACAUUUUAUGGAUCACAGAGAUGGUCCCUGGAACUUGGCACAUUUUAUCCUGUUUCUAGAUCAAUUAAAGAGGCUGCUUUUCUUCUUUGUGAUGCGACAAUGCUGAGCUGGAUGGGGAGAAAAGAAUUCUGGUUCAGAAUCUUUUAGUUGAAGUCAGUAAUUUCUGAAGUUCUCCAUGUUUGAUCCCUGCUGUUCAAGAUAAAGUUUUCAGUCCCUUAA